AUGAGCAUGGAUAUUGACGCCUCUACUCUUGUACGAGGGGAGCGUAUCACUCUUCUGGCAGACGAGUUGAAGACGACCUUGGCUGGUAUCCGCAGUACCGCACUCAGGGAUAUUCCUUGUCCGGACUUCAAGGAUCCAUCCUCAAGGAAGCAAGAGGAUACGAAAAAGGAAAUCUCUCACCCAUACCUGUGGUAUUUUCAUGCCCGCAGAGAGAUUGACCAGGCGAUAGACGAGCUCCCACCGGCAAAACGACGAUAUGCCGACCCUUUCCGCGACUACAUUCAGUACCGCAUGUCACAGGAUUGGACGACUGUGGAUGCUUUAAUUAUGUAA